AUGCAAGUUGGAACUGCAACGUCGGUUCUAAACCCUACUUCGGAAUAUUUGAAUAGUCAAGGAACAUGGGUCACGUAUAUUUUAGUGAUUCUGGUAGUGCACUUCAUUUUGCUAUGUGUUCCACUCCUCAGUACCGCUGUUGUUUGGACGUUAACAUGUACAUUUCACAAUAUCGUUAUGUAUCGAUUGUUACACUGGGAGAAAGGCAGUCCUUAUGAAACAUUAGAUCAAGGAGAAUCUCGUGUCCUCACUCAAUGGGAACAGUUUGACGAUGGUGAACAAUUUUCACCGACGAAGAAAUUCCUCUUAGUUGUCCCGAUUGUUUUAUUCUUACUUGCAAGUUUCUACACAGAAUACGACCCUCUUCAUUGUUUUAUCAACGCGUCGUCAAUGAUUGUUCUAGCUGUACUUCCUAAAUUGCCUCAGUUUUAUAGGGUUCGCUUUUUUGGUAUCAAUCGUUGGUAG